AUGCGACCAUUUCGCAGCGUGCGACUCCCAAGUCGCCCAAUCACACCAAUCACAGGGCACCAAAAUGUGCCCAAACAACAGCAAGCCCACCAAACGCUGCACCCUCGAACAAUAACCACAACCCAACGACCCAGCCUGACACGACCUCUCCCCUCAAACAAUGCCACCAAACCAACAACAACAAACAGGUCCUUCGGCCUCCCCUCACUAUCAUCCUUCCUCCCCUCAAACGGCGGCAGUAACAACAACAACAACUCCCCCCACCGCGUCCUAACCGCAACCCGCAACCUCCCCUACAACCCAACCCUGCUCUUCAAAGUAAUCUCCUCCGUGGAGUCCUACAGCCAAUUCCUCCCCUUCCUCACAGCCUCAACGGUCACAGCUCGGGACCCGGCGACCAACGACCCAACACAAGCCUUCCUAACCGUCGGCUACGGCCCUCUCAGCGAGACCUUCACAUCUCGCGUGAUCUGUGACCGCGAGAAACUGACCGUCGAAGCGAAGAGUGGGUCGAAGUAUGGGACAGAGGGGGCUGACCCCCAGGCUGGGAAGGGUGCUUCGUCUUCGUCCGGGUUGAGCGGGUUCUUCCCCGGUGCUACGGAGGGUAUCUUUGAGUAUCUUUCUACGCGAUGGGAGCUUGUGCCUAUUACGCCUGUUGAGGCGAAGGGUCGGCCGUUGACCAAGGUUAAUCUUGAGGUGCGGUUUGAGUUCCGGAGCCAGAUGCACGCUACCCUCAUGGGUGCUGUUGAGGGGCAGAUGGCUGGUGUUAUGAUUGAGGCUUUUGAGAAGCGGAUUCGUGAGGUUGAGGGGAAGGGAUUAUGA